CAGCCCCAUCCAGGCCAACAGACCCACCCAGGCCAACAGCCCCACCCAGGCCAGCAGCCCCAUCCUCCCCAGACUUCUGGCCCACAUGCCCAGGGUGGGCCACCCUAUCAGCAGCCCCAUAUGCCCCCUCAAUCCCAGGGGUCAUUACCAGGCCCCUCCCAAGGGCCUCCCCAGUCUCAGCCACCGUACUCCCAAACAUCGACCCCCCAGGCCGGCCACUCUCCUUACCCCCAGCAGCAGGGCCCUCCUAGCCAGCCGCCCCAGCAGGCGAGCUCCCAGGCUCCAGCCGGGGCACAGGCCCAGCCCGGCUACCCUGGACCCACGCAGGGCCCCCAGGGUCCACAGCAGCAGGCCCAGCAGCCCAGCCCACAGCAGCAGCAGCCCCAGGCACCGGCCCAAGGACCCCCCCAGCCUCCCCCAGGACACGGUCAACAUCCGCAGGGGCAGCCUGCAUCCUACGCUCAGAGUGCUCCACAGACGCAACAGCAGUCACCUUUUCAACGCUUCCCUCCCCCUCCACAGGAGGUGUCCCAAGACUCAAUCUGCUCUCCCUCCAACCAGCCCAAAAGUGGCUCGGAGGACGCCAGCAUGCAAGGCCGUCCAUCCAGCCUACCGGAUCUCUCAGGCUCCAUCGACGACCUGCCCACAGGCACCGACGGCGCUCUGAGUCCUGGCGUGAGCACUUCAGGCGUGUCCAGCAGCCAGGGCGAGCAGAGCAACCCUGCCCAGUCGCCCUUCUCCCCCCACACCUCCCCCCACCUGCCGGGCAUCCGUGGGCCCUCCCCGUCCCCCGUGGGCUCCCCCGCCAGUGCCGGCACGUCCCGCACGGGCCCACUGUCACCCGCCACCAUGCCAGGGACCCAGAUGCCCCCGCGGCCGGCCAGCGUGCAGUCUGAUGCCAGCCUGCACCCCUCUCUAAGCCAGUCCCCCAUGGCCCAGGACAGAGGGUUCAUGCAGAGGAACCCCCAGAUGCCCCCUUACGGCUCCCCCCAGUCUGCCUCCGCGCUGUCGCCCCGCCAGACAUCCGGGGCCCAGAUGCAUCCUGGGAUGGGGCCCUAUCAGCAGAAUAACUCCAUGGCUGGUUAUGGCCCUCAAGGGGCACAGUACGGGCCUCAAGGUUACCCUCGACAACCUGGCUACAGUAAUAUGCCCAAUGCCAACUACCCUGGCCCUGGCAUGGGUGGUCCUAUGAACCCUAUGUCAGGUCAGGGGGGCGGGCCGCCCUACGCUGGCAUUCCACCUGGAAGGAUGCCCCCAGGACAGAUGGGCCCACGGCCCUACGGCCCCAACAUGCCCCCCAGCAUGGGCCCCAACAUGCCCCCCAGCAUGGGCCCCAACAUGCCACCCAAUAUGGGCAACAUGCCCCCACAGGUGGGCUCAGGGAUGUGCCCGCCCCCUGGCCUCAACAGGAAGGCCCAGGAGGCAGCUGCUGCAGCCAUGCAGCACGCUGCCACCAACUCCAUACACACCAGGAUGCCAGGUUACCCCAACAUGCCCCCUGCCAUGAUGGGCUCCGGCGCCCCCUAUGGCCCACCCAUGAACAACAUGCCGGGCAUGAUGAACACCCAGAGUGGUCCACCCUUCAGCAUGGGCGCUAACAUGGCCAACAACUCCAGCGGCAUGGCCCCCAGUCCAGAGUUUGGCCUUGAUGGGAAGAUGAACCCGGGUCAGAAGAUGAACAACAAAGUGGACGGAAGCAUGACCCCCAAGCCUGAGACUAAGUCCAAGAAGUCGAACUCCUCCACGACGACCAAUGAGAAGCUGACGCGGCUGUACGAGCUGGGCCCGGAGCCGGAGAGGAGGAUGUGGGUGGACCACUACCUGGCCUUCAUCCAGGAGAAGAGCAUGGGCAUGACCAACCUGCCGGCGGUGGGACGCAAGCCCCUGGAUCUCUUCAGACUCUACAUGUCCGUCAAGGAGAUCGGAGGCUUCCUGCAGGUGAACAAGAACAAGAAGUGGCGAGAGCUGUCCACCAACCUGAACGUGGGCACGUCCAGCAGCGCGGCCAGCUCCCUGAAGAAGCAGUACAUCCAGUGUCUGUAUGCCUUCGAGUACAAGAUCGAGCGCGGCGAGGACCCGCCGCCUGAGAUCAUAACCGACAACAAGAGCAAGAACCAGGCCAAGGUCCAGCCUCCGUCUCCAGCGUCCCUCUGCUCUACAGCCGGGUCAGGCUCCUUCCAGGGUCCCCAGACCCCCCAGUCCACCAGCAGCUCCAUGGCCGAGGGGGGGGACCUCAAACCCCCCACCCCGGCCUCCACCCCCCACCCCCCCAUGCAGCCUGGGCCAAGGAGCAGUGUGAGUCUCCAGGACCCUUUCUCUGAAGGUAGUGACCCUUCCUUUCCCAGGAGGAACUCGAUGACCCCUAACUCUGGUGGGCACCAGUCGGGCAUGAGCACCCCGGAGAUGCCAGGGCGCCCGGGAGGUCCCUACGAGCCAGGCAAGGACCCCUUCAGCGCCAUGCGGAAAGUCGGGGAGCAGUUCCUGCCUGCCAGCCAGGGCCCCGCCAGCCAGGGCCCCGCCAGCGGGCCAGCAGAGCAGCAGUUCCGUGGCGGGCCUCCAGGCCCCAUGGGGAGCAUGCCCAUCAGCCAGAGGCAGCAGUACCCCUACGGGCCAGGCUACGACAGGAGGCCGGAGCCAGGCAUCGUCCCCGAGGGCAGCAUGGGGCCUGGCGCGGGGCCCACCAGCCUGAUGCCAGCCAACACCGACACAGGGAUGUACUCGCCAAACCGCUACCCGGCACAGCAGCAACGGCACGAUUCCUAUGGAAAUCAGUAUCCCGGCCAAGGUACGUCCCCUGGUGGCUCCUACACCAACCAGCAGGCAGGAAUGUACUCGCAACAACAGCAGCAGCAGCAACAACAACAGAACUACAAGAGACCUGUGGAAGGGGGCUAUCCUCCUGCCAAGCGUCACGAGGGCGAGUACCCGUUCCCUGGCAGCCAGCCGCAGCCUCAACAGCAGGGGGGCGCCACAGCUCCCCCUUCAGGGCAGCCCGAGAACUACACCCAGUUCGGCGGCAGCCCGUACGCAGGCCCCGAGCGCCGCCCGCCAGGCCCCCAGGGCCAGUUCCCCUUCCCCUACGGCAGGGAGCGCAUGCAGGGGCCUUCUGGGGCCAACGCCCAGACCGCCAUGCCUCCUCAGAUGAUGCAGCAAGGCCCCGACGGCCCCCAGGGGGGCAUGUGGCCGGGGCGGGGGGAGAUGAGCUACCCCAACUACCCCAACCGGCCGGGGGCCCCUGGGGGCUCUGGGCCCCCUGGCCCCGGCUACCCCGGCAUGAACCGCAGCGAGGAGAUGAUGUCAUCAGAGCAGCGUAUGAACCACGAGGGGCAGUGGGGGGGCCAGAUGGGCCCCCGCCAACCCCCCUACGGCCCCGGGGGGGCGGGCCCGCCCAUCACACGCCCCCUGCAGUCCAACUACCAAUCGCCGCAGGGCAUGCAGAACCACAUUCCGCAGGUGUCCAGCCCCGCCCCAAUGCCCCGCCCCCUGGAGAGCAGGACGUCGCCGGGUAAAACUCCCUACAUGCACGGCGGCAUGAAGAUGCAGAAGGCCGGCCCCCCCGUGCCUGCGUCUCACAUCGUGCCCCCCUCGGCGCAGUCCCCCCUGAUCCGACGGGACAUGCCUUUUCCCCCGGGCUCCAUCGAAGCCACCCACCCCAUUCUGAAAACACGCCGACGCCUCACCAUGAAAGAUAUUGGGACCCCCGAGGCCUGGAGGGUGAUGAUGUCCCUGAAGUCUGGUCUGCUGGCAGAGAGCACGUGGGCCCUGGACACCAUCAACAUCCUGCUGUACGACGACAACACCAUCUCCACCUUCAACCUCAACACGCUGCCCGGGUUGCUGGAGCUGGUGGUGGAGUACUUCCGACGCUGCCUCAUCGAGAUCUUCGGCAUCCUGCGCGAGUACGAGGUGGGCGACCCGGGGCAGAGGACCCUGCUGGACCCCCAGGCCCUGGACCGUGACUGGGGCAGCACGGACGACGACCUGCCCGAGCUGGAGGACGUGGAGCAGGUCGACGAGGACGAGGAGGACGACGAGGAGGAAGGGGAAAAAGAGAAGGGGGUGACGGAGGGGCCGGCCCGGGUGAAGGACGAGGACGAGGCGGAGCCGUGCUCGGGACCCGGGGGCGAGGAGGCGGAGAACAAGGACGAGGAGGAGAAGGGGGCUUCGCCCGGGGAGCAGCCGGGCUCGUCACAGCCGGCGGCGCCAGCCCUCCAGGAGUCGCCCAAACAGGCCAGCAAGUUCGACAAGCUUCCCGUCAAGGUGGUGCGGAAGAAGGACCCGUUCGCCGCCAGCCGCUCGAGCCGCCGCGGGCUGGUGCAGGAGUUUGACAGCGGGCUGCUCCACUGGAGCGCCGGCGGGGGCGACUCCACCGAGCACAUCCAGACACACCUGGAGCGGCGGGAGGGCUACCUGGAGGCGCGGCCGCGGGUGCUCGUCCCCAUGAAGGUCCUGAAGAGGCGGGCGCCCGAGGAGAUGAUGCUGGACAACGUCCCCCUCGCGGAGGAGGAGGAGAGGGAGGAGGAGCCCAAGCCGGCCGGGACGCCGCCCUCCGAGACGACGCCCUCCUCGGCCGGCGCCGAGGAGCGGGCCGCGCCCGACGGCGCCGAGGCGGGCGAGGCGCCCGGCCGCGGGGACGCCCCGGCGAGCCUCCCGUCCAGCGACGCCGAGGACGCCCUGUUCCUGCCGAAGCGGGCGAAGGCGGCCGGCGCCGUCCUGGAGGACGAGCCGCACAGCAAGGACGAGGGCCCCCUCCUCACGCUGGCCAACUGGCAGGACGCGCUCGCCCGCCGCUGCGUCUGCGUCUCCAACAUCGUCCGCAGCCUCUCCUUCGUCCCCGGCAACGACCAGGAGAUGUCCAAGCACCCGGGCCUGCUGCUGCUGCUGGGCCGCCUCAUCCUGCUGCACCACCGCCACCCGGAGCGCAAGCAGGCGCCGCUCACCUACGAGAAGGACGAGGACUCGGACGAGUCCGGGGCGAGCCAGAGGGACGAGUGGUGGUGGGACUGCCUGGAGCUGCUCCGGGAGAACACCCUGGUCACUCUGGCUAACAUCUCGGGCCAGCUGGACCUCUCCGUCUACCCCGAGAGCAUCUGCCUGCCCCUCCUGGACGGCCUGCUCCACUGGGCCGUCUGCCCCUCGGCCGAGGCCCAGGACCCCUUCCCCACCCUGGGGCCCCACAGCGCCCUCUCCCCUCAGAGACUGGUCUUGGAGACCCUCAGCAAGCUGAGCAUCCAGGACAACAACGUGGACCUCAUCCUGGCCACGCCGCCCUUCCGCCGCCUGGAGAAGCUGUACGGGACUCUGGUGCGUCUGGUCGGAGACCGGAGGAUAGCGGUCUGCCGGGAGAUGGCCGUGGUCCUGCUGGCUAACCUGGCCCAGGGCGACGGCGUGGCGGCCCGCGCCAUCGCCAUCCAGAAGGGCAGCGUGGGGAACCUGCUGGGCUUCCUGGAAGAUAGCCUGGCGGCCACACAGCUCCAGCAGAGCCAGAGCUCCCUGCUGCACCUGCAGGGGAUGCACUUGGAGCCCACCAGCGUGGACAUGAUGCGGCGGGCGGCCCGGGCCAUGCACGCCUUCGCCAAGGUGGAGGAGAACCACUCGGAGUUCACGCUGUACGAGUCGCGCCUGCUGGACUUGUCCGUGUCGCCGCUCAUGAACUCGCUGGUGUCCCACGUCAUCUGCGAUGUACUCUUUCUGAUCGGCCAAUCAUGACAGCUGUAGGGAGCUGUUGCUCCGCCUUCUCUGGGUUCGACCCCCCCCCCCCUCCGCCCCUUUCCUCUCCUCGUCCACCUGGCUUGUGUGCGUCGGGGGCAGGGUGGGCUAGAGUGACUGAUUUUUUUAUUUAUGCAAACCCUUCAGAUUUCCAUUUUCUGAGCCCCCCCCCCCCCCCCGGGCGUCUUGACUCAAGGAGAGCAGCAGUGGAUUUCGAACCACAGACUCUGUAAACUGACACUACGUGUAACAGGAAUGCCAACCAGACCACCUGGAAGCAGAACACCACCUGGUCGAGAAAGCGGUUCUGCUCUCGGGGGGGGGGGGGCGAAGUACUUUUUAAAUAAAGAGAAAUAAAUUAAUUAAUAAAUAGCUGAAAAAACAAAAACUGUAACCAAAGUUGCUGUCUCGUUUACAGUGAGUUUUUGGGAAAAUAUGUGCGCCCUUGCUUUCCCCUUCGAGGCUGAAACUGGUUCAUGUUCUGAGGCGAGGCAGACGUAGGAGUAGCGCUCGGCUGGAGCUGCUGUAACUGGAUUCUUAUCGGUCAGCCCCUACAGGAGACAGCAGGCCGUUAACAGACACAUUCACCGGGGAGGCCUGGGCAGUGUGCAGUAGAUCGUAGGACAUUUUCUGUACCGUACUGCUCUUGAGAGUAAGCAUUCUGUAUCCCAGUUUCACAUACAGAGACACUGUCAAUGCAGUUUGUCUAGAGUUAAAAGGUCACAUUGGUUUGACGUUGAUGACGAGAAAAAAAAAAAGGAAAAAAAAAGUCUUUCUUCCCCCAAAGUAUGGAGAAUCGACAACACCCUUACCUCCUCUCUAGCCCCUGAUUGUAAGAAUUGACCCCUUAUGAAAAAUGAAAGAAAUUGCCUCGUAGGACUGGAUUUUGACUUCAGAUACAGCUUUGCUGUGGUGUAUAUAUGAUGUUGUACAUUACACUUCCUUUCUGUGUCCCAUCUCUGUCUGUGCUCACUAUUCUCACACUUGUUGGUGAGGGAGGGGAGGUGGACGUGUGGGGGAGGUUCCUGGGGUAGGGGAGGU